GAAUUGGUUAGUAAACCCGAGACGCGAUGGCGGAGAACACGGAGUACACGGAUGAGGGCGGCGAGUACGAGGACGAUGAGGCCCAGUUCAUCGGCGAGCAGCAUAUGAUGGAGGAGGGUCCCGACGAGGACCUCUUCUCCAAGCUGGGCGAAUCCUCCGACGAUCCGGAGCAGAAGCGCAUGUACAUGGAGUACCUGGCGCUGAUCAAGGAGAUCGAUUGCCAGAACAAGAUCAUCCAGGACAUCAAGAGCAACAUCAUGGACAUGUGCGCCAAGCCCUGCAAGACGCGCAACGAGCUGCGGGAGAUCAAGCGCCUGAGGAUCUGCAUGGAGCAGGAGAACAUCAAGCUGCACACCAUGAUGAACAGGGCGGUGCAGCUGCAGAACUUUGGCUCCCAUCGCCACUACAAGGAGCUGCCGAUGACGACGACCGUGGACGAGGACAACCUGUCGCCGUAUAUGUGCGGCAUUGGACCUUGUGCCCCGGCUGGCAGUGGUACGGAUCCCUGCGCCGAUGAGUCCAGCUCCUGUGCCAGUGUUUGUGGAGGUGGCAGAGGCGGAGGUCAGCGGGAUGUGGCCGGUCAGGACGACAAGCUGAUCUGCGCCCUGCAGAAGGCCAUGCAGAAGAUGAAGGGCGCCUGUCCGGAGGACAAGAAGAUGAUCGAGGAGAUCGCCUGUGCGAUCAUGAGCUGCAAGAAGCAGCCGGUCUGCGUGCCAGGACCCUGCCCGAAGCCCUGCCCGCCACCCUGUCCAGGUCCUUGCCAAGGUCCCUGUCCGGAGAGCAGCAGCAGCAGCCUGGCACCCUGCGGACAUCCUUCGCCUCCCUGUCCGACCAAGAAAAGGCCCCAAAAGUCGGCACCCUGCCCCAUGCCCCAAUCCUCGCCCGGCAAGUGCGAGUCCCUGGAGAAGCUGAAGCGACGCAUCCAGAGCAUGCAGUGCUCGGUGAAGAAGUUGCUCCAGGAGGUGAGCAACCGCGAUGGUCCAGAGCCCUGUGACGGCGGCGGCGGUGACGAUGACAGCGAGGAUGGGGAGGAGGAUCAUCCCUGCUCCAGGCCCUGCCCGGCCAGGCCCCCAUGUCCCGAGGAUCCCGAUCCGCUGGUCAUCUGCGGGGGCAAGCGCAACACCAAGGCCGACCAGUUUGAGAAGAUGAAGGAGAACUACACCAGGCUGCUCACGGAGUUCCAGCGCAAGGACUGCCAGAUGAAGGAGAUGCAGAAGCGAAUGAAGGGCAUCUGCGGUCCCUGCCCCUCGAAAGGCGGCGACGGGGAUGCCGAUGCCGCGGAACUAAAUCUUCUUCGCGCCCGGGUCAACGAACUCAAGGAGGAGCAGCUGGAGUUCAAGUGCAUCAUGAAGGAGCAGUCGCAGCAGCUGGAGGAUUACCGCAACAAGUACCUGCUGGCCCAGCAGAAGGUCGAGGAGCAGUGCGUCUCGCUGGAGAAGCUGAAUAUGAACAACAAACGCAUCGAACAGCAAAUCAAUACGGAGGUCAAGGAGAUCCGAGCCAAGUUCCAGGAGAAGCUCAACGAGCUGCUGCACUUCCCCAAGCUCCUGGAGAACGAGCAACUGAAGCUGGCCCAGGUGUGCAAGGAGAAGGACGAGAUGCAGACGAAGCUGGUGGUGGUCUGCAAGGAGCUGAAGGCCUGCAAGGCUCAGAUGGAGCAGCAGCCCAAUGUCGAUGUGCGUCCCCAGCUGGCCCAGUGCCAAAUGGAGCUGACCCAGGCCAGGAACGAGCUGGAGGAGCUGCUGCGGCAGCGGGAUCUCUUCUGCGAACAGCUCAAGUCCACCCAAGACGAUCUGGACACGCUGCGCACCGAGUCGGCCAAGAUUAUAGCCGGCACCAAGGAACGGGCCGAGUUGAUCAAGUCCCAGCAGCAGGAGCAGAUCAAUCGGCUGGAGAAGGAGUUGGCCCAGUGCCGAGCAACUGCCUCGCUGUCUGUGAACGAUCGAGAGGCGGUCAUCCGGGAGAUGCAGGGCCAGCUGAAUACCCUCUCCUACAGCUUCGAUGCCGCCCAGAAGCAGAUCAAAACGCUGCGCAAUCAUAUCGCCUAUGUGUCCAACGAGAACUGCUUUCCCGUCAAGUGCUAAAUGAUG